GACUGUUAAAAAGCUUGCAGAACCCGGUCCUUGAGUCGACUUCACUCGAACAAAGCCCAAGUGUAGGAAGUGCUGUUCCUGUAUGUCGAUUUUGUUCUAAUUAUGUGAUUAAAGAAUUGGGAAGAUAUCUGGAACUGUUUAGUGAAUUGC